CCAGAAGAAGGCCAAGAAGAGCCUUCCCCUGCUUCUGGAGGGGAACCUGUCCUACCACCGCGGCAGGAGGCAGUCUGCUCCAACUAAAGACUUCGAAACAGCAUUUCAUGUCUCUUCAAAGGCUGGCAGCGAGGGGGAGCUGUGUCAUGGGGCAGAUAGCCUGGGAUCCUCAGGCAGCACCAACACCCUGGCCUCCUCUGUGAUGGAGGUGGAAGCUGAGGCAGAGCGGCCGGACCCCUGCCUGGGCCUGGAUGAUGAGGAUCUAUCCCCCCUGAGCCUCCCGCCCACCCUCUCCAUCACCGAGGAGAUCAUGCAGUUCAUUAACCAGAGCCGCGUGCGAGAGGGAAUGGCCGAACUCAAGCAUGACAUAGUAUGGGAUUCACCCCUGGAUGAGUCUCUGGAGGACCAAACAACUGAGCCACCUCCAUGUCCAGUUGCUCAGCAAGGCAAUUACCAGCCGCUUGCUUCCCCUACAGAGGAGACUUACGAGUCGCAAGACCCCCAUCCUAAUAGUCCAGAGGAGAUAACAGUGCAACUGGAGGAGAGRAGAACCAAAAUGGAAGACCAAACUCUUCCACCCCGUCUGUCCAGUGAGUCCUCAGAGGAGGGAGGUUGUGAAGGUGGAGAGUCAACACCUUUGCCAUCUGAUGUCAAAGAGGAGAUGCCUCAGGAGGAGAGCACAUCAGCCAAAGAAACCGAGACAGUUGAGGAAAGAACUGCAUCAGAGGUGGAGGACGAGCAAACGAUCAAAACCACGACACCCCUCUCUCCUGUAAGCCUCCCUGACAAAAGCAAGAGGGAGAAAGAACUCUGCUUUGACCUCCCCAACGAGGACAAACCCUCAGAAACUCCUAUCUCUCCUCUCUCCGUCCCAGAGGACACUGUACAGAGCCCUCUGGCGCCCAAGAAAGAGACCCAGCUCACCAAGUCCGACAGGCAGAUCAUCGAGAAGAUCCGCAGCUACUACGAGGCGGCUGAGGCCGAGGCAGGAGAAGCAGGAGAAGGUGACAGRAGCCCCACCCCCAGGAGAAACAGCUUCUCCCUCAUCAUCCCCACCGGCRUGGUCAAAGACUCUGUGUCCCGCUUUGCUGUCUUUGGCCACCAGGACAGCCUGUGUGACUCGGAGAGCGGGCGCUCCGAUGGGGGMGCAGAACCAGAGCCUGAGUUAGAGCUGCCUGACCAGGGAGAGGGAGCCCUCAGCCCAGACUGUUCCUCCACUUCUGCUGCUGGUUCCCAGGAAGAUCAUAGCCAGGCACCAGGUCAGGGUGAGCCUGCUGUGGAGGAAUGUAGCAGGUUUGAGCCGGUGAGCGAGCUCCUCCCCUACAAAGAGUUGAUGAAGGAGUGGAAAGAGAAGGAGAAAGUAGGAGCCGCUGUUAGUACAGAGAAGGAAAUCACACUUAACCUGUUAACAGACAUAAACAAAGAGCCUUCAUGCAGUGAUGAAGCAGCCAAAGUGAUCACAAAAGACCAGCAAGUAAUCAACGGCCACGGACCAAGUCCAAGUGAUCUGGACGCAGAACCUAAAGAGGCCCAGAAAGACUCCAUUGUCCCUCCACUUACAGGCCUCCACGACAGUAAGACCGCCCCAGUGUCCCAGGCUGGGUUGGGCAGAAUCAGAGACAGGAGCUCCCUCACUGGGAACCUAGAGGGACUACCCAGCCAGAUCAAGGUGGGCCGCUGGUCCCGCCACUGUAAGAUGGUGUCCUCCAGCCAGACCCUUGUCUCUUAUACACAUCUAGAUGUGUAUAAGAGACAGGGGAACCUAGAGGGCCUACCCAGCCAGAUCAAGGUGGGCCGCUGGUCCCGCCACUGUAAGAUGGUGUCCUCCAGCCAGACCCUGUACGAGGGGGCAACGGUCGCAGACGUGGCAGGCAUAGGCCUGUUCGAGGCCAGCCCCGGUGAUCCAUGUCUGGUGGAGAACUCGGAGAGGAUCCUCAGUAAGGUUCAAAUGCUGGCUCGUAUGUACAGCGCCAAGGCCAGCAUCAUGAAGCUGCCACUUCACCACAAGAGGGUGUGUGUGGGUCGUGCACCGUGGACCGGCACCACCAGGCACAGUGUCCCUCAGGCCCAGCUGCCACAGCAGCAUCAUGGGGAGAAGAUUACAGUAAAGAGAGCUCAGAGCCAUUCCACUGGUUGCCAGGAGAUGACUUCAGUUUCCUCAGAACCCCAGCUCUUUGGCCACGUCCUUGUCAGUGAACAGCUGUCCCCCACCUACCGCCAGCAGGAGAAUAGCUACGUCCUGGCCGGACCCAGGGACAGUGUUUCCAACCUGGGAUCCACGUCCAUUACCUCUCCACUCUCCUCCCCUUUGACCACCCCACCAAAAAACCCUCAGGUUGGGCCUGAGGAGGUAGUGACGACUGCUGUGGAGGGGAAGCUUAUGGAGAACCAGUCUGAGGAAGUAAUCUCAGAAGCUGAGAUGCAGAGGCCUCACUCCAAGAAGGGCUUCCCAGUCCAGGAAGGCCCCAUCCAAGGGGUAAGGAUUGAGGUUCCAGCUGAUGGUCAUCCAGGGACCCCAGAGAUGUCUGUGAAUCUCAGCAGGACUCAGGCAGAGCAGAAAGGACAUCAUCUGUACUCCAUCAGGGAAGAUCCUUCUCUGGGGACAGCAACCUCUUUAGCAGGCCCAUGUGGGAUCAAGGACAGGUCUCCAGGGGUUGGAGCUGCAGAGGAACUGCUGAAGACCAUUCAACAGCAGGCUCCAACUGAACCAGAGACGAGCCAGGUGGUGAAGCCAGACGAAGACAAUUUAAACACCAAGAUAAUGUCGCCUUAUGUGGCCAGUGGGGCUGAGAGGGGGAGUUCACCCCAGAUGGCCCCUGGUCAUCAAAAUAAAGCUGAAUCCACCAAAGAGAAACCACGAGAUGCCACUCUAGAUGAUCGGGAUGUUUCACCUGCAUUGCCAAAGAUUUCCCCUCACAGCUCCGACACAUCUCCCACACAACAGAGGUCCAUCUCUGGACUAACUGAGGGGUUAAACCCCUUAGUGUGGCAUCCCACUCAGUCACCUAUGACUGAACCCAUACAAGCAACACAUACAUCUGGUCAGAGAGUCAAGGAGAGUCAAGUCCCAGAGGAUUCCAAAGAAAAAGGGGGCAUGGUUCCCCAUCCGUGGUCAUCGCUCCAAAGCCCGACGCCUAUACCUCCGCCAGGGGUGCAGUCCUCUGACUGUCUGCCUAAGUUCACCAGCCAAAGACCACCCAACCUGCACCUGCCCACUAGCAUGGGUAGAAGGAGCCUUCCUAUCAAUUGGAAUGGAUCAAACAACGCCACACUCCCCAGCCAAAGACUACCACAGCCUUCCUCCCAGUCUUCACUGGAGAGAUCAGCCACCCUGCCUCCAGGUAUCGGCCAUCCCAUGGAUGCCAAGCCCCCCUCCGCCUUCAGCCCCAGUCUCCACCAUCGCUCUCCCUCCCCAAUCAGGGGACUCCCCUGUUCCUCUCCCACCCCUUCUGCCUUGACCAAGUCCCUGGCUGCCUUCUGCAUCAGCCAGUCCAUCAGCCAGAGUCUGGCCAAGAAGAACGCUCGCCUCCAGGACCAGGCCACCCCUCCCCCAGACAGUCCAGCCCCUCUGGCUCCCGCUCCCACUGCAUCCCCACUCAGGAUGAGGUCUCCCUCCCCCAAACUCACCUCUGGCCCUAGCGGCCCCCCUCAGUGUCCCCCUUCCCCUCUCCGGUCUACUUCACUUCGCUCCAGCCCAUGCGCAUCCCCAUCCCCAGCCCUGUCCCCCCCACCAUACCGCAGGCAGCACUCAGUCUCCCCAGCCCCCCCAGUCAGCCUGCAUCAAACCGCCUCUUCCUCWGCCUCCCCCCAGCCCAGGCCUGUUGCCCUAGACCAGCCACGUCAUAUUGGUUUGAAUGGAAAUAGCAACAACAACAACAACACCACUAACGGAGGAUUGGCCGUGAAUCACCGGAAGCCACCGUUAGCGAGUGCCAAUAGUAUAACCCAUCCCCAUGAUUCUCUUUGGAGUGGUUCUACUCACACUUCCAACAGAGUGGCAAGGCCCUUCUCUGCCUCGGAGCCCAGCUCACGAGUGCCGUCCCCCUCUCCCUCCCCAUCUCCAUUCAGCAGGAUCUGCUCCCCACCCCCUGUCCAGAAUCAUACAGGCACUCUGAUGAACAAGCCCCCCAACCCUAGAAGCACCCGGGCAGGAGGGGCUAGCCCCUUCAACCACCUGGGCCUCUCCCUGGAGCUCCCCAGGGCCUCCUCAGCCUGCUCCUCAGGCAUCACCUCCCCUCGUAUUACCUCCCCUCCACCCAUCGGGGUUCCUGACAAUGUGUGGGGAGUCGCCGCUCCUCAGCCGCGGAAUGCAUUCCCUUCCUCCUCCAUAGCCUCAGCCACAUGGAGAGAUGGCUUAUCUCCCUCCCCCUCCAUUCAGAGAAGCUACAGCACCACCUCCCCUCCCCCAUCUGGUUUCUCCUCAUGCUCUCCAACCCCUUCUCAGAACCUGCGGAGGACCAAGGGGAGCAGCCUGCCCUUCCUCAACCUGGCUGACCGACCACCCAACCCAGUCAGGAAUGGGAGAAGGUCAUGGGGAGAGAGCGGAAGGCGCAGGGCUGUGGGUGCGGAGCAGGAGUCUGGGCUGAUGAGCCCCCGAGGGGGAUCCUACACCAACAGUGGCUCCUACAGCGGCUCCAACAGCGGUUCCCCAUCCUGCCUCAGCCCCGGCACCUUGUCCCCUGUCAGACUGGCCCCUGGGAAGAGCAACCACGGCGGGCAACACUUCACCAGCAUUGCCUGGCCCGACGUACGAGAACUCCUGACCAAGUAUGACAGUGGAGACAGCCCUGACCGGAGUGCUCCGACCUCCCCUGUCUGGCCUCAGGAUGAGUGGGGUGACCCGGACCUUGGGGAGGACAGUUGCCGGAGCCGCCUGAUCUGUGCCUAUGUGCCUCGGGCCUCCCCAGCCCCAGACAUGGGCGCACCCAUCCAGUGCCCUCACAGGAGUGAGCCAAAGCCAGAGGACACCUCCUCAAUGCAGGCAGCCAGAAGGACUCUAAAGACUAGCUAUGCUACCACUGUGAACCUGCAGAUUGCUGGCAGUGGACGAAUCACUUCCUUCAGCAACACCCAGGUGAGCUUGAGCCAGACCUUAGCCCCUGUGGUAGACAGCCAGGGCAGACGGAGAGUCAGCAUAAAUGCCUGCAACCUCACCCUUCCUGUUCCCCAGAACUGCAAGAGGCUGUGAGGGGCUGCGACUGGGGGACCUCCUCCAAGGUGCCUUAUGCCUCAGUGAAAGUCUAAAUAGGCACUUUACCCUGAAACAGUGGUGUUCAUAGGGAUCCUAUGAGAUAUAACUCCAGGUCAUAAGGUAAUGAAUUACAUUAGACUUAAUUGGACAGUAGACUGAAUCACCUGUUCUUCCAGAUGACAAUCUGACAAUGUCAGGGAUUCUGCAACCAACUCCACGUACCACCGUCCGGCCACCUACAUCACUGUCCAACAGGACACUGACUGAACCCACAGACAAAUUAGUUGUCCGGUGUCGUUUUUAUUAGUCUUUUUGUUCUUGUUUGUUCUUUCAAAAUGAAUUCUGUUUAUUCUGUUAAACAAAAAACAAUGUAUUGUUUACCAAACUCCUGUGUUUGUGCUUGUGGCUGGCAUGGUGAAAACGGUCAAUUAUUUUCUUUUAUUUAUGAAGUAGUCUUAUUUUGUCUGCAUUUCUGGCACUUAACUUUGUCUUUAUUUUGCACAAUGUCCUCAGCUGUGUGUGUAGUUAAGACGUAUCUGUGAAGGUAGGUUUUAUUUCACACCAAAUCAUGAUGUUAUGUGUUCGAACCUAUGUAGUUGUAUCAGUGAUCAGUGAUCUAUGAUUUAUUUGGUUACAUAAGAGCUGAAAAUAAGGGAAAAUAAGGGCAACAAAUUUCAGGGAAAACAAAAUGCAAGAAAAUGGAUGUUGUGAGUCAUUCACAUGCAUUUUUUUAUUGCUGUACAACACAGUGUCUUCAGGCUACUAUGUCCCAUUUUGAUAGUAUAGACCUAGCUACUUUUUUAAGUACCGUAUUUAAAUAUCAGUUUUGAAAUUGUGUGAGCUCCUGUGGUCAAAAGACUCAAAAAACAACUACUGUGUGUAUUACUUAUGUGUAUUUCAGUUAUUUGUACUCCAAUAAUAAUAAAAAAUAUUAAAGACCCUU